AUGAAGCUCACGGCAACCGUCCUGGUCCUGUCUCGCCUGGCCGCCUUCUGCCACGCCUUGACGGAAGGUGACUACGGCAAUGGCCAUGGCGCGCCUGCCAAAUAUCACCACAAGGGCGACCCCCACCACCACCACCACCACAAGGUCGACCAUCACCAUCACCACAAGGUCGACCUUCACCACCAUAAGAUCGACCAUCAUCACCACAAGAAGCCCCAGCACAAGAACAAGAAGCCCCAGCACAAGAACAAGAAGCCCCAGCACAAGAACAAGAAGCCCCAGCACAAGAACAAGAAGCCCCAGCACAAGAACAAGAAGCCCCAGCACAAGAACAAGAAGCCCCAGCACAAGAACAAGAAGCCCCAGCACAAGGACAAGAAGCCCCAGCACAAGGACAAGAAACCCCAGUACAAGAACAGCGACAGCCACAAGGACAACAAAAACAACAACAAGGAAGACGAUAAAAACGACUUCUCGUCCGACUUCUACCGAGUGUUCCUCGGCGACAACUCCAACUACUUCCGAAACGUGCUCAAGGGCAACCCCAACCGGCCCGGCAUCAGCCCCAAGAGCCUUCAGCACGGCCUCAGCCAAAAGGAGACCAACGGCAAGUCCAAGCUGGGCACCCUCGACGCGCACUACCUGCCUCGCUAUCUCGGCAACAACCCGCUGCCCAACGGCAAGCCGUGGAGCAAGUACGACCACCACACCAACUACUACAAGAAGUGUCCGCACACGGGCGUGAUCCGGACCUAUGACUUCACCAUCAGCCGCGGCCGCCUGGCCCCCGACGGCGUCGAGGCGUCGGUCCUGCUGGUCAACGGCGCGUUUCCCGGCCCGCUCAUCGAGGCCAACUGGGGCGACACCAUCCAGGUGACGGUGCACAACAAAAUCACGGGCCCCGAGGAGGGCACCGCCCUGCACUGGCACGGCUUCCUCCAGACGGGCACGCCCUGGUUCGACGGCGUCCCGGGCAUCACCCACUGCCCCAUCGCCCCCGGCAAGUCCUUCACCUACCAGUUCCACGCCGAGCUGUACGGCACCACGUGGUACCACUCGCACUACUCCUCCCAGUACGCGGGCGGCAUUGUCGGGCCCAUGGUGAUUUACGGCCCCGAGAAGCAUAAGUACGACGUCGACGUGGGCCCCGUCAUGCUCUCGGACUGGUACCACCCCGACUACUUCACGCUGGUCAAGGAAACCAUGGCGCCUGGCGGCGGCGCCGUCUCGUCGGACAACAACCUGAUCAACGGCAAGAUGAACUACAACUGCACCAAUGCCAUCGGAGGCGCCCAAUUCUGCAAGAACGACGCCCCGCUGGCCAAGUUCAAGUUCAAGAAGGGCAAGAUCCAUCGGCUCCGGCUCAUCAACUCGGGCGCCGAGGGCUUGCAGCGCUUCUCCAUCGACCAGCACAAGCUGACCGUUAUCGCCAACGACUUCGUCGCCGUGGAGCCCUACGAGACGGAAGUGGUCACCCUCGGCAUCGGCCAACGCACCGAUGUCCUCGUCAAGGCCGACGGCCACCUGACCUCCUACUGGAUGCGGUCCAACAUUUCCCACGCCUGCAGUCUGUCUCACCAGGACUUUGCCGUCGCCGCCGUCUACUACGACAACGCCCAAUCGACCAACGAGGUACCGCGGUCCAAGGCCUGGAACGUGUCGGACCCUGCAACGUGCUCCAACGAUGAUCUGAAGAAGACGGAGCCCGUCAUGAAGCUCAAGGUGCCCACGCCCGACUUGUCCCUCUCCAUCGACCUCGAUCGCCACACCAAUGCCAGUAACAUCGGGCUCUGGCGGCUCGCCGGGCAGGACUUCCGCAUCAACUACAACACCCCGACAUUGCUGUUGAGCAACCUUGGAAACACAAGCUUUGCCCCAGAGUGGAACGCCAAGGACCUCGGAGACGCCAAGUCGGUGAGGGUCAUCGUCAACAACCUCACGCCAGCCCCACACCCCAUGCAUCUUCACGGAUUCAACAUGUAUAUUCUGAAUGAAGGCAGCGGCACCUGGGACGGCACCAUUGUGCGCUCUUCGAACCCCCAGCGGAGAGACGUUGUCCAGCUCCAGCCCAACGGACAUCUGGCCAUGCAGUUUGACGCGUCGGAAAACCCAGGAAUGUGGCCAUUCCACUGCCACAUCGCCUGGCAUGCGUCGGCCGGCCUGUUCAUGCAGUUCCUCACACAACCGGACAAGGUGGCCAAGAUGAAGAUUCCGCACACAGUCGCCGAGACGUGCAGGCAGUGGUCCAAGUGGACCAAGACGAAUAUUCCCGACCAGAUCGAUAGUGGGUUGUAA